AUGGGAUCUACAGGAACGUAUCCAAGGUUUCAGGGAUCUCAUAAGAACGGCCUAAGGCAUGGCCCUGCCGUGGUGACCUACAAUGAUGGAUCUUGCUAUCAAGGACCUUAUGAAGAGAAUCACAAACAAGGUCGUGGGAUCUACACGAUGGCGUCAGGAGCGACGUAUGAGGGACAAUUUGACCAUGGAAAGUUUCAUGGAUGGGGAAUAUUUCGGUGGUCAAACGGUGAAGAAUUCAUUGGUCAAUGGAAUAACGGGUUACAACACGGCUGGGGGAUUCAAACGUGGCCAGAUGGCCAGCGGUACGUUGGUCGAUGGGUCAACGGCGCACGGGAAGGUUUCGGCGAACACAGGUUCAACAGCGGCGGAUGCUACAGGGGUCAGUGGAAGAAUAAUCUACGUCAUGGAUUUGUUUAUUACACCUUUCCAGACGGGGACGUUAGCUACGGCUUGUGGAGGGACGGCAAGAUUUACCACCACUUCGAGUCUGUCGAUCAAGCAGAUUCUUACAAAGAUGACAUGACGGAUAGGAAACCAGUACCUGUUGUACCUGGUUGGAUAAAGAGCCGAGUUUUGGAGAAGAUGGGGGGCGAAAAUGGCUUGAGCUAA